AAUCCCAUCUGCUCCGGACAGAGCCCUCGCUCCACACCGCCGGCGACCUUUUUCCUCCUCCGCUCGAGGAGUGGGCCAACGGAGGGAGACCAUAUGGGCGCGGAGGCAGCGCAUGGGCAUCCGCAGCAGCAGCCUCCCUCGUCCCUCCGACCCGGCAGGGAGGCCGCGGCGCCGCCCGCGGUGGUGGGGCUGCAGCUCUCGGCGCUGAUCGACCACGUCGCGCGCGUCGACUGGUCCCUCCUCGACCGCGUCCCUGGCGACCGCGGCGGCUCGCAGCAGGUAUCCAUUGAUGAGCUGAAUCAUAUUCUUGAUGAAGUGAAUGCCCACAUCCUUCCUUCCCGCAAUGAUCUCACUCCGGUAACUACAAUAGCCGGUGGAAGUGUUGCCAACACAAUCCGUGGGCUCUCAGCUGGUUUUGGGAUAUCAACUGGAAUAAUUGGAGCUUGUGGAGAUGACAACCAGGGACUUCUGUUUGUCAACAAUAUGAGCUUUAGUGGUGUAGAUCUCACAAGAUUAAGGGCGAAAAAAGGGCACACCGCUCAGUGUGUGUGCUUGGUCGAUGCAAGCGGCAAUCGCACCAUGCGGCCAUGCCUAUCUAGUGCAGUCAAGAUACAGGCCAAUGAAUUUAGAAAGGAGGAUUUCAAAGGCUCCAAGUGGCUCAUUGUGAGAUAUGCACAACAGAACAUGGAACAGAUUGUCGAAGCUAUUAGGAUUGCGAAACAGGAAGGCCUUUCAGUAUCAUUAGAUUUGGCCAGUUUCGAGAUGGUUCGUGACUCUAGGUCUAAACUUGUUAACCUUUUGGAGACUGGUAACAUUGACCUUUGCUUCGCCAACGAAGAUGAAGCUAGGGAGGUUAUAGGGGGAAGCCUGGAAUCAGAUCCAGAGGAGGCGCUUGCAUUCUUGGGCAAGUACUGCAAAUGGGCCGUGGUGACACUUGCUUCAAAGGGAUGCAUGGCAAAGCAUGGCAAACAGGUCGUUCGAGUCCCGGCCAUCGGGGAGAGCAACGCGGUGGACACAACUGGAGCGGGCGACCUGUUCGCGAGCGGGUUCCUGUACGGGCUGGUGAAGGGGCUGCCGCUGGAGGAGUGCUGCAAGGUCGGGGCGUGCAGCGGCGGGUCGGUGACGCGGGCGCUCGGCGGGGAGGUGCGGCCGGAGAACUGGCAGUGGAUGUACAAGCAGAUGCACGCCAGGGGCUUGCUGCUCCCGGAGCUCAAGAACUGAAUGAAACUAUUGCUGCUGUAGCUUUAGCUAGCUAAAUGCCUGCAUGCUGCACCAGCUGUUGUAUCUCCCAGCUCUCGAAGACUCGUAGCAUCACCCAGGGCCGGUCGAGUGGCCAGUAUCCAGCCUUCCGUUGUUAAUUGCUGGCGUUACCUUUCCCCUGCUAGUCUGUUAAUGUUACUAGAAUAUUGGUGUCCAUGACCAUGCUUGAUUGCUGGCAUGGUGAAGGACGGGCAGAUACAUUAGUUGAUUUGUAGAGCCACUCCUAAGACUGAAUCAAUCAGAUGGAGUAUAUUGAUUACUGCACUUCAUGUGUGUGC